AUGUCUCAAUUAACACCUAUAGCUACUUAUAACUUGGCACUUAAGCCAUUCCAGCCACUUCCUGCUAUUGAGGAAGAUUUCCCAGUAACAAUUAGACUUACCUUGGCUUCUUUGGACCCAGAAGCUGAAGAUGAGAAAGCUGAGCCAUCCACUUUGAGAAUAUUGAAGAAGGUCACAUUUAAUGAGGAUGAUGACAGUGAAUACGACGAGGAUGAUGAUGAGGAAGACGAAGAGGAAGAUGAAUUGGAUGAAGUGGAAGUUGUCAAUGGAAAAGUAAAUGGAUCCAAGGAUGAUAUAGAAGUUGACGAAGAGGUUGAAGAAGAUGAUGAAGAAAAUGAUGAUGAAGAGGACGACGAUGAGGGAAGCGAAGAUGAUAAUGAGGAUGAUUUGGAUGAUGACAUCUCCGAAUUUGUUGUCUGUACUUUAUCACCAAAACACCAAUUUCAACAAACACUCGACCUUACAAUUACUCCAGACGAGGAAGUGUACUUUGUUGUCACUGGCUCUUACCCGAUUCACUUGACCGGAAAUUAUAUUGAACACCCUGCUGAUGAAAGUGAUGAAGACGAGGAAGAAUACGGUGAGUACGAUGAUGAAUAUGAUUUGUCACCUGAUGAAGAUGAAAUUAUUCAUGGAAUUGAUUUCAAUGAAGAAUACGAUGAAGAUGAAGAUGAAGAUGAGGACUAUGGAAGAGAAGAAUCGGCUGAGCCAGGAAAGAUUGAAGAGGUAAAAGACGAAAAAGAUGAUGAAAGCGCAAAUGAUAAACAAGCUAGUAAAAAAAGAGCAUCACCUGAAGAAGACACCAAAAAGUCCAAAAAGGCAAAAAAGAAUGCCGCAAAGAAAGAAGAAAAGAAGUCUGUUCAAUUUUCAGAGGAGUUGGAACAGGGACCUACUGGAUCAACCUUGGCCAAGGAUAAGAAGGAGAAAAAGAGUGUUGAGUCAGAAAAAUCUUCUAAAGACAAAAAGUACCCAACCAAAACUUUAUUAGGAGGUGUGAUAACCGAGGAUAGAAAGUUGGGCUCGGGACCAACCGCCAAAUCGGGAAACAAGGUUGGUAUCAGAUACAUUGGAAAAUUAAAGAAUGGCAAAGUGUUUGAUAAAAAUACUUCAGGAAAGCCAUUUAACUUCAAAUUAGGCAAAGGUGAAUGUAUUAAGGGUUUCGAUCUUGGUGUAACUGGUAUGAGUGUUGGUGGUGAGAGAAGGGUUAUCAUUCCACCUAAAAUGGGUUAUGGAUCCCAAGCUUUGCCAGGAAUCCCAGCCAACUCCGAGUUGACUUUUGACAUAAAAUUAGUAUCCUUAAAGUAG